CGACUUUCGGAGAGGAUCCGCACUCUUUCAAGGGUCCCGUUAAUAGGCUUUGAAAUGUGCUCGAUGCUCGAAGGCUCUGAGUUUGACAGCCUUGUUGGUCUUGGUAUGCAAAUCUGCACGCUUGAUCGAUUUUGGUGCGGGUCUUCUGGAUGAUUUGGUCAAUGUUGCUUACAGAGGCUGCUGCAUGAACGGUCCUUGAUUAGUGCCGCUCGCCGGAAGUAUCAUGGAAACGAACAUGGUUCCACAGGCGUAUAGCCGAAUGAUUGAUAUGCUGGCGGCCAAAGUCCGCGAUAACAUUCAUUCUUGGGCACCAAAAAACAAGCGAUUUCGUCCCGAGUCUGUCGAUCGAUUUGCGUGUCUCAUGGCUGCACUCGGUAGCAAUGAGUAUGCGCUAAUAGCAGAUUCGACCUGGCUCAAAACAAUUCGACCCCAAGUCUAUUUUCCAGAGCUUCCCGUUUCCCCGAGUAACCCUGAAAAGGCCUUUGUGGAGGAAGUUUUGACCCCGCAAGACUUUGAUAUGGAUGACUCGUUGGGCAGCCCCACGGUAGCCGAACCCACUAAGGUGCAACUUCCGCCCCUCAAACAUUACAAGUUGGCGUAUUUUCUCAUGAUGCAUGAGGGAAUCGAGAACGUCAAGCUGGUCCUUCGCGCCAUAUACGAUCCAGAAGCCAUUGUGCUGAUCCAUGUGGACAGCCACCGACCAAAGAUCCACAAAGAAAUCACCGAAUACGUCUGCGCAACAUACAGACAGCACAUUUAUGUGAUGCGACGAUCGCUGCCUCUCGCCUGGGGAGGAAGUGGCAUCGUCUUUGCCCAGAUCGCUGGCUUUUUCAAUCUCCACGAUUUGGCAAGGUGGGACUACGUAAUCAAUCUCAGUGGCUACGACUACCCUCUCAUGUCGACUUCAACCAUACACGAUAUUUUGGAGGUAACGGGUUCACGGCUCUGGGCAAAUUGCCGUUGCAGAAGACCGUAAUAUAAAGUUGCGCCGAUGGAAGCGAUGCACAGGUAGACUUGGAUCAGCCUUUAACAUUGAUCUGGCUCACGAAGCUCACUCACGCGGCAAGGCCUUUA